AUGCCACAGUUCUGGUGGUCUGACAAUGUUCGAAAAUCGAAUGGUUACUUUGGAUGCGAAGCCACGAGAGAGGGAGAAAAAGUAACGGAUUCAUGGGUGUUCUUUGAAUCUAAGCAACUACAUGAGGAUAUGGAGUACGAUUGGUCAAAGAUCAAUGUUUUUAGUCGAUGGCUGUGCUCUACAAAACAGACUGGCAUCCUUCUAUUCGAUCGGAAGGAAGACACAAGAAGUCCUUUGGUCAACAAGGACCCUCCGAGCGCUCUUCUGAGUGAUCCUUUUUGGGUUUAUCCAUAUUUACUGGAGGAAGUUGCGGCUCUUGAAGAGCGUUCUGUUUGGUCCAUUCGAGACAAAGUUCGAGCCAUCGAGAAGUCGGACGAGGGUCGAAAAUCGCCAGAGCGCAAACCGCAACCUGACUACCGAACCCUUCACAACAUUGCUCGGCAUGCCAUUCAUGUCACAGAGACGCUCGAUGUUGCAAUCCAAACCAUGGACCACAUCCUAAAACACCAUGGCAUUCAUGCGAGUGCAAGCCAUACCAGCCUCCUGGGCUCAAAAACAGAUCCUCAAGUCCGACAAGAAGUCCACUCUCGGCUUUCAUUUUUUCAAAGUUUCCUUGGCAGUCUAAAGCAUCGCUCCGUAUCAAACGAGAAGAGAUUGCAAAACGAGAUCCAGCUAGCUUUCAACACUGUUGCCCAGCAUGACGCGGCUGUCACCGUCAAAAUCAGUAGCGCCAUGAUGUCAGACAGCGCAGCUCUGAAGACUCUGGCCUUUGUGACAUUUGUUUUCCUCCCUCCCACUUUUAUUUGUGCAGUCUUCAGCAUGUCGUUCUUCAACUAUAGUGACUCUGGGUGGAGAGUCUCUUCAAAAAUCUGGAUUUAUUGGGCAUUCGCAGUGCCAACAACCAUCAUUUCGGCCUUUGUGUGGGGCUAUUGGCACAAGGUCUCCCCGAUGGAUACUAAUGAGAAGAUUGGAACAACGAUGAAGUUGCGCGAUAUGGCCUGA